AAAUAUCAGUAUGACUAGAGUCUGAGGAAGGGCUUCUGUGUUCCUACCAAAAGCUUGCUGGUGCAGAGGAACAGGCAAAGAGAGCAGCAGGGGCAUUUUGAGCUACCAUGGAUGUCCCCACCGAUUUGGUGCCAUCAUCCAUGAUGUCCCAACCUGAGGUGAUUGAGUCCACAGCCAUGAGUGAACCACAGUGCUACUACAAUGAAACCAUUGCCUUCUUUUAUAACCGAAGUGGAAAAUAUCUAGCCACUGAAUGGAACACUGUCAGCAAGCUUGUAAUGGGACUGGGGAUUACCGUCUGCAUCUUCAUAAUGCUGGCCAACCUCUUGGUUAUGGUGGCUAUUUAUGUCAAUCGCCGAUUCCACUUUCCUAUUUAUUACUUAAUGGCCAACUUAGCUGCUGCGGACUUUUUUGCAGGGCUGGCCUACUUUUACUUAAUGUUCAACACAGGACCCAACACUAGAAGACUGACUGUAAGCACCUGGCUUCUCCGUCAGGGUCUCAUUGAUACCAGUCUGACAGCCUCUGUAGCCAACUUGUUGGCCAUUGCCAUUGAGCGGCACAUUACGGUUUUCCGAAUGCAGCUGCACACUCGGAUGAGCAACCGCCGGGUGGUCGUUGUCAUUGUUGUUAUCUGGACUAUGGCCAUCGUCAUGGGGGCCAUCCCGAGUGUCGGAUGGAACUGCAUUUGUGAUAUCACCCACUGCUCCAACAUGGCACCGCUCUAUAGUGACUCCUACCUGGUCUUCUGGGCUAUUUUCAACCUGGUCACUUUUGUGGUCAUGGUGGUCCUAUAUGCUCACAUCUUUGGGUACGUUCGCCAAAGGACUAUGAGAAUGUCCAGGCACAGUUCUGGACCCCGCAGGAAUCGGGACACCAUGAUGAGCCUCCUGAAGACUGUGGUCAUUGUGCUUGGUGCUUUCAUAAUCUGCUGGACCCCAGGAUUAGUCUUGCUGCUCCUCGACGUUUGCUGUCCCCAGUGCAAUGUCCUGGCCUAUGAAAAAUUCUUCCUGCUCCUGGCAGAGUUCAACUCUGCCAUGAACCCCAUCAUCUACUCCUACCGGGACAAGGAGAUGAGCGCGACGUUCAAGCAGAUCCUGUGCUGCCAGCGCAGCGAGAGCGCCAACGGCCCCACCGAAGGCUCGGACCGCUCGGCCUCCUCCCUGAACCACACCAUCCUGGCUGGCGUCCACAGCAACGACCACUCCGUGGUGUGACACCACGGCCUGCCCCUGGCCCACACAGAGCAGCAGGCGUGGCCCCAGGGAAGGUAACCCACUCACGUUUUCUCAAACACUAAUGGACUACAAGUGCAUCUUUUCCAGGGGGCCUGGCAUACCAGCGCAGAUUGCCCUGUCCACAGGAUUGGCCAUGCUGCAAAGCCUUUGAUUUCUGCUUUGAAAAAGUAGAAAGUAGUUGCUUUGCAGAAGAGGCCAUCAGUGACCCGCAAAAGCCUUGCUGAGACUUUGUUGGACUUUGCUGCAUCUUGGUGCCAGUCUGAAUCAACUCUGAUUAAUUAAGCUUAUACCUGCUUCACUGCAUUUACAUGUAGCCACUUAGUAUUUUUAAAAAGGGAGUAAAGGGGAUAAAAAUAUGCCUAUCAUUUAAUAGACAUGUAAUAUGUAUCACCAUCAGCAUGCUUGUGAUGAACAUUUUCUGUGCAGGGAGUAAAACUGUGCUCUAGUCUUUGUAUCCUUAGCCACACUGUCAUAACUACAGUAAAAAGAGAAGUAUUUUUUUCUAACACAGGCAACAGGAAGAUGAGGGAAACUGACUCUUCUUACCUUCAUUACUGGUGUUAGAGAAUGCAUGUUCUGUGUGUAUGCAGAUUGUUUUAAUUAUGAAAAAAAAAAUCUCUUUGUAAAGUCUGCCAGAAAGUAGAAAAACAUAGACUGUAUUCCAGUGUUUGUUUAGAUUAUGAAAUAAACAGUACAUUAGUCACAAUGUAUAUAAGGUUCUUCUUUGAAGUACAGUAUGAAAUUUGUAACAUGUGAGGGGUACCAAGUUUUUUAUGGGUAAGUUCUUAAAGUAGGACACAUCCCUAAGGCUCUUAAAGGGCUACAGUCAGGUUGGUAGAUUUGAAAAAUUGUAUUUAUGGCAUAUUCUUGGAAUGCUUUUCUUGUUCAUGGCAAAAAGCAUAUGCAUUUUUAAUGGCAAAAAAGAAAAGGUAUGUUUUUAUGGAACCUUUCUUAUAAUUGAAAACAAAACACCUUCUGCAUUUUUGCACUGAGAAAUAUUGUAGGGUACCAUUCAAAUGAUGCCUCCUUCAUUUCAGAAGCAGUGGGCUACUAAGAACCAUGGCACAAUUUUAUGUUGUGAAGUCAACACUUUAUAAGAUAGUCAUCCAAUGCAAAUGACUAGACCAUAUUACAGAUAAUAGCCACACAUGUACACUGUUAUAAAUACCUAAGCUAACAGGUGUGUUUUUUCCAUAUGAGACUGUUUUGAAGAGAAAUGUCACUCAUGUGAAUAUCAGUUACCAAGAAUCACUGAUAGUAAACAAAACUCAUCAAGAGGGAUACAUGUGAGCAAAGGUGGGAUCUUGCUGAUAAAAAUCUUGGGACCUCUUUCCAGGAAACUCUGUGUUAUCCUAACAAUGUAAAAUAUAUCAACAGUAAAUUCCUGGUGCUGUUCUUGUCAUUGUAA